CACACACACACACACACACACACAUACGCGCACACUGGUUUCAGGCGUCAGCGCUUCCCCUGCUCAACAGCACCUUAAUUCCAGAAUGUGAGUGGGGCGACGAGAGAUUUAAGUGUGCUGUAAAAUUGUGAAUAGAAUUUGAACGAAUCAAGCAAAAAAAAAAAUAAUCUACUGCACUGUACCUAAAAUGGCUUCAAUUUCCCAGAACAACAGUUGUUACCACAAACAAUUACACAUUCAAUCAGUGUAUCCACACCAGUUCCCAUCACGGUUAAGUAAACUCGGUAGCAUCCAGGUAUUCUAUGUCAAUCAUGACACCAAAUGCCCAGAGGACUCUAUGUGGUGAAUUGGCUGCUGAUAAGAAUCAUCGGAGGUAUGAAAAACAGUUGUAGAACAUGAGUCUGGAACCAUUCUCUGGCUAGUUAUCUUUACAGCACAUACUGCACUUGCCUCAGCCUGACCCUGGUUCCACACAGCAAUGCAGCGCAUUCUCUGGGCUGUACGAGAAAUCAAGAUACGGGGAAACCACGGCCCUGUCUUGAAACUGCCAGGGACAGUCAGGUUGAUGUUGACAGUCCUAGCCCUGGGUGGAUAUUGGUCGGCUGGUGCGAUGGGGUGGACACUCCAUUCCAACAACGCAAAGAUGAACUGGACGCAGGCGAGGGAUUGGUGUCAGACCCACCACACUGACCUGGUGUCCAUUCAGAACCAAACUGAGAACAAUUACGUGUCGAAUACCCUGCCCAACAGAAACGGGGCUCCGUAUUACUGGAUAGGCCUCACUAAACCAGCUGAGAAGUGGAUCUGGAUAGGUACCAAUGGAACCUGGGUGGGGAACAACUCCUGGGCACCCAAUGAACCAAACAACUUUAAAGACGAAUCGUGCGUUGAGAUGUACGUAAACAAACUUUUGAAACACAGGGGAAAGUGGAACGACGAGUCAUGCUCUCUGGCUAAAUUUCCAGCUUGCUUUAAAGCUCAAUGCAACCCAACAUCAUGCAACGAACGAGGGAGAUGCCUCGAAACUAUCAACAACAUAACCUGUCAGUGUGAGCCAGGAUUUGAGGACCACAGGUGCCAAACAGCCGUGACCUGUGAGCAGCCAACCAGCCCACGGAACGGCAGGAUAGAAUGCUGGGGUCCCUACGGAAACACUUCCUUCAACGCCUCCUGUAGCUUCAUCUGUUUGGAGGGUUAUGCGUUGUCGGGGGCGACGGCGAACAUCAGGUGUAACUCUUCUGGGUCGUGGGACGCGGAGGAGCCUGUAUGCGAACGCCUCGCAUGUUCUCCUCCGUCUCAGCCGGAGAACGGGUUCCUGUGCUGCCCGGGGGAGAACCGCACCGUGGGUUCUGCUUGCCGUUUCGGCUGCUCCCAGGGCUUCCUGCUUUUGGGGUCGUCGGAGGUCACCUGCGACCGCGCGGGAGCCUGGAGCGGACCAAGGCCGUUUUGUGCUAGUUAUGAGUAUGUUUUAAUGGCUCUGGCUGGUGGAGUGGUCGUUUCAAUCUUCUGUUGCAUCUGUUUCUGUUUCACUCGUCACAGGAAAAGAAAGAAACACAACCAACCAAAAACACUUGAGGAGGGGGUGACACCAUCCUGUCAAACAGGAGAAGAAGACGGUCGUACUGAAACAUCCAUAAUGUUUCAAUACUAAUCCACUUUUACACAUCCAUUACUUUACUAAGUUUGUUCAAUCUAUAUAUACUUUACACAAACAUUUUUUAGUUAGUGCUAGUUAAGGAUGAUCUGUAUGUACGGGAAAGAUUUAAUAAAAGAUGCUGAAUUCUACUUGUUGAUUGGUGUAUGUGUCCGUUUAUGUGUGUGUGUGUGUCUGUGUGUAGGUAUCUGUUUGUGUGUGCCGGCAUUCAUGGACAUGGAAGUC